AGGAUCCCCCUCGUGUGAGGAUUAUCCCUCUCAACCCCUGGUAUUGAGUACUCCCUUUUACGUGCUUCCGUGUGAUUCGUAUGAUUGUUGUGCGGAGUCACUUACUCCUGUUAAUUCAACGUCGACCAUUUUCCAUUGAUGAGAAGUAUGCGCUGCGCUCUCAAUUGUCCGUCUGAUGUUGUAUCUUCGACUCAUCAACAAGUACUCCUUCUAUAACCAAGACAAUUGCGUGAAUAACCAAUAAGGGAUCAGGCGUCUUCGGUACAUGGUAAAUGAGUCUCGCAGGGGAAGAACCACGAAGCAGCGAGAGUCCCAGCCGGUCAGCAGAACCGCGAAAAAAGCCAAACGUGAUCCCCGCCCAAACCAAGAGAGGCCGACCUAUUCCUCCUCCAAUCGAUACACAAAUGCCGAUGUCGUCGCCUCCCCACGCGGGAGUGGUCCCGCACCACGGAGCAGGCCAGCAGCUGCCUCCUGGUGCGUCGAACAGCACUCUAUUUGUUCCCACUAGCGGCAUGGCCCCUGGUGGCGCUGUAGGUAUGGACGGGAAGGGUGUCCCCGGGAUAGGCGGUGUAAUGCCGCACACGCCUAAGAAAAAGUAUUUCUUCAUGCCGCCAAUGCCGAAGAAGAAGAAAAAGAACGAAAAACCUCUAGCAGAAGAUAUUCCGCAGCACAUGCGAGCCUACCGAAUCAGCACGCGUAUGGAACUGGAGAGGGAUUUGGAACAUGACGUCGAAUUACUGGUCCCGGAUAACAUCAAGAAUCAAACUGACGCAACGAACUCAGUAUUACGGAGUCAGGAGCGAAUUGGACAUCUCGGAUUCGCCGUCCCGUGGUUCGCUGUUUCCUUCUCGCGUUGGGCGCCCUUGCGUGAGCUUAGUUGCGAUGAGGAUCCCGAAUACGACGACUGGAGUGAGUUUUUUACAAGGCUAAAGUACGGUAUAGGCAUGUACUUGGAUUUGGCCUACCACGAGUCGAUCACAGUCUUGGUUUUGAUUGUGCUGCAUUUCUCACAUCAGUACGCGACAGGGGAGGACGACGUGAAAAUGAGCAAUGGAAAGGAAGAACGAGAUGUGUUGGUAGAUGAAACCAUGGUCGGGCUGUUCACGGGGGUACUACGGACUUAUCUACAUCUGUUUGUUUUAUGAGAUUUUUAUUAUACAGGCGUAAUUCAUCCAGGCUUGUUACUCAUAAUCGUACAGAUCAGAUCGGACUGGGUCGUAUUCAAGAUCACAACACUCUGGUCUCUUGCACCGUGAACUAUUCGACGUGUCCUCUUUCCUAUGGAUCGUUGAAUUGAUACCGUGUGCUACACCAUAGUGAGUGGAAAAACCUUCGGGCACACAUAGCCUCGAUCAUGGCGCUUCGGUGUAAUGAUUGAAGGCUGUGUCUGAAGACCUGUCUACUCACACAAACCACCUCUAUGAUAUCUGCAAAGAGCUACCCCUUUUUCGUAUGCAACGUGAACUAUUCGACGCGUCUGAUUUCCUGUAGAUCGUCGAAUUGAUACCGAGUGCUAGACUAAGUUUUGAUUAGAAAAACCUUCGGACGUGUAUAGCACUUAUGUUGUCGGGCACUCCGUGCUAGGUGACACGGUAGCUACGUCUGAAGACCUGUCUACUCUAACACUAAUGCGCAUAGUUUUCACAAAUAGAAUGUAAAAGAUCUACGGCAGACUAGUUGUUUGAUUUGCAACGUGAACUAUUCGACGCAUCUUAUUUCCUGUAGAUCGUCGAACUGAUACCGGAUGCUAGACUAGAUAUUGAGUGGAAAAACCUUCGGACGUGAAUAGCGCGAUAGGUUGUUCUGCACUCUGUGCUAGGUGACCCCGUAGCUACGUCUGAAGACCUGUCCGCUCUGACAAAUCAUAAAAAUUCUGACCACAUCGUGGACAUCUCAUGGACACAAUCAUCGCUACUACAUCAAAAGUGCCUCAAAUUCAAAUUCAUGUCAUCUGUAUAUUAACAACCAUAAAUAUAAAAGGUUCUCGCUUUCACCCUCGUCUUCCGAAUCAACCUGGCUUAUGCACGAUGGUGGGACUCGCGGAAAGCCUGUGAUAGUUUCGCAGCCAAACUGUAUAACGUAAUGAUUGCUGCCACAUCGUUCGACCAGUUCACAAAGUCGAAUGCAAAAAGCCGAGCCAUAUUCAGGUAGAUCUCUUUUCCACAUGGAUGUUGAUAUGGAUGAACAAUCACGAUCCUUAUACCAAUUCGCGACUCCAACAAGUGGGCACCAGUGUGAUGAGUCAUUCAAAUUAUCUCAUAAGGUGUAAUGAGGUUACGACCAGAGAUAUGAUCCAGGUGCUUCUGAUGGUUCCCACUCACAGAUGGAAUUGCCAUAUCAUCGAGUUCCUCACCCCAGGACUUUGAAUUUUCUCGCCGCACCUUACCACCCAAUUUUCUCAGGUGUCGCGUCGCUGGUUAUUUGUCGCUUCUCCACCGGGAAGCCAUGGCUGAGCUUGGUGGCAUCCACGAUUUGCCUUGUCUUGGUGGCAAGCUGAUGGAUAAAAAUCAUGUCUCCCAGUAUGUCGGGAGAGCUGACACUGCAGCUCGAAACGGCGUCGGCCAGUGCUAUGUGUGGCUCGUCAUGCUCCUUUGCGGCCGAUUCCUCGGACAUGCCGUCGCAGGACCAAUAUUGGCAAGAGCGUAACAGAAUUUUCUGAUCACUUUUGCUUCCUUUGUCUACAGCAGACGCCUUUCUCUUGAGAAAUUGAUAUCGGAGAUUGUGUUACCCUUCAAUGAUGAGUCACUUGCAAAAUUCUUACCUACUUUAGCUGAAAGUAGGUGACGAAUAAAAGCUUUGGAGACCUUCUGACUGCGGGAGCUGCACGUUGAUCACAAUGAGUCGCCCGAGCAAAGAGCUUUUCAAUCCACCGCUCUCAUCAAAACAUCUCAUCAAUCCAUCUCCCCUUAGGAACUCUCUCGCGGAUGAGGCAUUGUCGGACUAUCAUGCAGCUAUGGUGGUCAGGAGCACACCUUUUCCUCUAGCUUUUGUGCGGAUGCUGGAUUUUGCGCUGUUUUUGGUGAAAAUCAUUAUCCCACUCGUGGUGCACCAGACGGGGCUGCCGCUGCACUGGUAUGAAUCAUCGAUGUGAGGCUUAGAUGCAUUGGAUAGUUGGGCUGAGAGGAAAUCGAUGUGCCAAAGUGUGUGUGCGAAAAGUAUGAGAAUCUACGUAGCUUUGUAGGGGUUUUUGCAAGUUUGUGAUUCCCAAGUCAUUUUGACCACUCAAGUAACGCCUUCUCCACUUUACUCCUCCACUUCCACUCUAGGGGCAUUCCGCUUGUUUGCUUCUGCGUUUACGGCUUUUUCGGUAUUGGGCGUGUCGCAAUUGAGCUCGAACAGCCUUACGGCUCCGAUUACUACGAUCAUCCCCUCGAGAAUUGGCAGUUGGAUUUCGAUAUUUGUUUAUUCGACGUUCUUCACCGAUUUGGCUACGACAGCCCUGCCCUAGACUGCGCUUUGCAAAGGAAGCACGAUCCAUCAGGUGACAGCAUAGAAGAAAUGUCCCAGGCGGCUCAGCGGUGUGCGGACAAGAGCUGGCAAUUCGGCACUACGCUGCGAGUCCGUAAGAACUACGAAGCGAAGCAUCCUCAAGCGGCACUGCGGGAUUCGGCCAAACGAGAUUUGUUCGCUGGCAGCUUCACUGCCUUGAGGGGCAUAGGCGGUAACGGCGGUGGAGGAGUUGCGGCUCCGGCAAUCCCGGUCGGGGCGAGUAUGAUAAACCACGUUGGGACACCACUUGGUGACUCUACAGGCUUCGCCGAUGACAUGGACGACGACGCCCAGGACUACGCGAGCGACCUAGGUGCAGAGACCGACUCUCCAGACGACGACGUGAGCAAAAACGUGCAUCACAUCAGCGUUUCAGCCAACAGCACCGUAGGGAGUCGUGACAUGGAAGAGGGGAGUGACGAGAAACAAGGUGUGACCAAGAAGUCUGGCGUUACGUCGAUUAAAGAGCUGAAUAGCAACCAUGCAGCGGACUUCGUGAGUCAGAAUCUCAGCGACCACAUCAAUGCGCAAGUGCAGCGUCAUGCACCGAAGACGCCGAACAAGCGGAAUCCCAGGCAAGACCAAGUGCAAGUCCAGACAUCGCAGCGACAGGACAAGCGGCCCGGCGGCAGAUCAGUUGUGCGAGUUGACGUUUCCUUGCCAGGCGUAGUGGAUGAAGAUCGACAGGAGGAACGACCGGAGGUGGUGCUGGGAGCCAAGAAAACAUGAAAUUUGUUUAUCACACCUUGAAGGAUCUCUUUUCGCAACUCAACUCAUUGUUGUAUCUUAAACUGAGGUCGAACUGAUUUUUCGCACAAAUUAGAGACACCCAUGGACUUGUGACUCGGCAGAAAACAAGAGCUGUAGACUACGCAGCUUCGGGAAAGUCAUUCAUUGUCCUACAAGUUUUUCAU